CAAAAAUAUCUGCUAAAGACACAUCAGUAAAGAUUACAAUAAGUUUAAUUUUAAAAUGGAAAUUAAUAACUUUCCAGAAGAACUCCUCGUCAUGAUUUUUGAAUACGUAAGUGAUACAGAUCUUUGCAAUCUAGCAUUAGUUUGUAAAAACUUCAACAAUGCCGUCAACAACAGCAGUAGUCUCGUCCACAAGUUUAAAGUUACGUUGAACCACCGAAGAGCUGAAUCGAGAUGGAUCGGAAGUAGAAAGUAUGUAACCUUUAAAAUUACUGGCUGCAAUAAAAAGGAAUUUGAGAGAUAUGUAGGAGUAUUUUCAAAGUAUGGAGAACAUGUGAAAUAUUUGACAUUAGAAAGCAAUUCAUUCAACUUAGGAAGCUUAAAAGUUCUAUUUGUCUUGUGUCCUAACAUCCAACGAGUAUUUUUACGUCAUAAUAAUAUUGACCAAACUACUGAUUAUCCAUUUGUGCUGCGAUAUCUUUAUGCAAUUGAUUAUGAAGGUGAAUCGUUGCCAAUAGAAAAGUUCAAAAUGAGCAGCUACAUAUCGAUUCUUAUUUUGUCAGGAAAUCAAAAUUAUCCUGAAGCUCAAACUGAAAGAUUUUUGGCCAUGCAAAGAAGAUUAACAAAACUGAGACUCAUUGACUUCAACAGCAAUGCCUUUUUCUUUGCUAGUCCACAUUUUCAUGAUGCAAUUCAGUUUAAAUUGGAAUGUUUAUCAUUAGUCAACGUGUCACUUCCUGAAAAUCCAAGAUUGUUCCGUUUCUUCUUGAAUCAUCAUAAGGAUACCUUAAAUUAUUUGGAAAUUGGAAAUCUUUCUUAUGAUAUUUUGGAAUAUUUUACAAACUUCAAGAAACUCAAGACAAUCAAAUUCACAUCCAUUUUCGAACGAGAAUUCAUGUUCAUUCAUAACUUGAGCGACACUCCAAUGAAUCAAGUUGAAAAUUUAAUCAUUGACUGUCAAAAUAUUAUCAACAUUGCUACUAAAUUCCCGAAUCUCAUCAACCUUGAGAUAUAUAGAGUGAAAAUCAAUCCAGGAGAAAUUAUGCAAUUACAACACCUUCAAAGCCUGACAAUCACCGAAUCAAAAAAUAUCUCAAGUCUUACAAAUUUGAAUGCUCGUAAAAUCAAAUUUGAAUCGUGUCAUUUUACAGGCACAAAAAUUCUCACAACCAAUCGACGAUUCAUUCAAAAGUUGUCAAUCAUAAACUGCAAGAAUGUCAAGUGGCUGAGUGAUUUCAUGGACUAUGAAUAUUUGAAUUUGAAGCGUUUUGAAAUAACUGGAACAAUGAUGAGCAAAAAAUUGCAUGGCAAAAUUAUGAAAAUAGAAAGGAAAAUCGAAAAAUGUAUCGUUCCGUCAAAUCAGGUGAUGAGUGAUUUCCAAGCUUUCAAGCAAUCGAUGCAAACUUGUUUAGAGUGUUUUAUGAACUUUAUAACUUGCCUUUGCGUGCCUGAAUUUUAAAUACAUAUUAUUUAUUAAUAUAGAAUGACAAUGUUGUACACAUGACGAGGAACUAUGAAAUUCUGAUUAUCCUUUAAUGCUUAAUUAGUAUUUUAUAUUGUAAAAUUUGUAUGAAAUGAAAAUAAAAUUUUUUUAAAAAAA